UGUAAAUACAACCCAUAUUAAUGUUAAUUUAUUUUCCGUUUUGUACUUAAAUUGAAUUGAUUUGAGAGAGAGAAAUAUAUAUAUUUUGAGUACUUUGUCAGACCCCUUCCCCCCUCCAGGCAUCCUCAUUUCUACUGAAUAUUAAUUCAUAACAGUAGAAAGCGGUUAUGUUAAUCAUCUGUGUUUCUUAGAUAGCAUCAGUCCAUUCAUUACACUGUAACUACACACAGAGCAGAGAAGCGCACGGAAACGGACCUUUAUGUAACAGGGGGGAACAGUGGGCCAGUCAUCGGUAGGCCUAUAGAAGAGGUGGCGACAGGUCAGUGUCAACAAGGAUACAAUGAGGUAGCAUGGCAAAUUGAAACAGGUGGGUUGAUUUAGAAACACGAAACAGGAGGUUUGUGCUCAAACAGGAAAACAGCUGCUACCAAAAGGCAAAAAUAAGACAUUCAUUUUCAAAAGUCACAAGUAAAAUAUGGUGAAUUUUAGUCAAACGGAUAUACUUUUAUAUUUAGACUCUUGUCUCGGAUGUUGAAUGGGCUGAUGUCUCCUGCUUCUCUUAAACAAACUACCCAUUCAGAGCCACAAGGACCAGGAAGUGCAACGUCACAAAACCUAUUUUCUUUCACUCCUCUACACAUCAUUACAGGUGAUUGUGUAGGUUACUGUCUAUGGGAGUUGGCUGUUCAGUUCAGUGUGUGUGUGGCUUUGAGAGAAAGAUGAGCCCAGUGUUGUUGUGUUUACCAGGGUUGUGCUAAUGACACCAGCUCGUGUCUGUGAAUCUGCCCGGGAGUCGCGCGGGGAUCCGAGAGUCUCUGGAGUCUAAACUAAACUGAAAGACCGGAGGAGGAGGAGUCCCACUGUCUGAGUGAGUCUCUCUCUCUCUGUCUCUGUGUGUGUCCCUGUGUGUGUCUCUGUCUCUGUGUGUGUCUCUGUGUGUGUCUCUGUCUCUGUGUGUGUGUGUGUCUCUGUGUGUGUCUCUGUGUGUGUCUCUGUCUCUGUGUGUGUGUCUCUGUGUGUGUCUCUGUGUGUGUGUGUGUGUCUCUGUGUGUGUGUGUGUCAGAGAGAGAACUGGAGUGCGUGUGGCUCAGGUCGCAGAGGGGAGUGUGUCUGCGCAAGCGUUUAAGCACCAUGGACAGCAACCGGGAGCCAGUCUCGUUAACAACCAACCAGCGGGAGGUUUAGAGCAGCCUGCUCUCCUCUCAGUGUUGACCGGAGGAGCUCCCGUUGCCAGCGACAGAGACGACUCACUUUUGGAUUUGGAAAUCAUGAUCUAGUCUUUGUUCAUGCAGAACUUUCCUCAGCACCGGGAUAUGGACUAACAUCCCGCCACCCGCCAAGGGCCGACAGGCGGACACCGGCUCCUCCAGGCUCGGGUUGCUAGUUGGCACAAAAACAUGACAUUUUUUGAAACGGGAUGAAACAGGGAGGUACCUGAACUUAUCCAUUUCAGUUCAUCUUUAUUUAAUCAGAGUAGUGACUGUUAUCCGGGGAGUAGCUUAAGAAACGCUAGUUUUCGUUUCAAAACGUUUUGCUGCCGACCCUCCUGACUGAGGCCAACCUAGGAGGACAGACCGGCUGGUCUCCAGGAGGAUGUUCGGGCAGGAUGUGCUCUAGCCGGAAGAUCCUGUGGAGCCUGCUGCUGCUGUCAGUGUUGGAGGUGGGUCUGGGGGUGACCAGUAUCGUCCUGGGAGCUGUGGGGCUCAACCGGGUCACGGAGGAACACAAGCUGCAGCAAGGAGACGCUUCUCCCGUCUGGAGUGGCAUGUGUUUUCUAAUCUGUGGGAUGUGUGGAGUGCUCUGUUCCAAGAAGAGGACUGGACUCAUCAUGAUUCUGUUCUCAGCUUGCUGUAUCUGUGGUCUGAUUGGAGGGAUUCUCAACUUCCAGUUCGUUAGGGCGUUGUCACGACGACCAGACUCUCUACGUUCCCUGCACCUAGCAGCCAUGACUAUUGCCUGCCUGGGUAUCUCUUCCUGUACUCUCUCAACCUGGUUAACCUGUCGUCUGGCCAAUUCAGAACAACAGAGGAUGUUUCUGGAGAGAGAACACUCACUACAUCACUCACACGAGAUGGCUGAGAAGGAUUCAUACACACACGGAUCUUUCGAGAUCCUUGACAACUCCAGCAAUGGGAUUCCCCAGAUCUCCUACAAUGCUAACACCACAUCUCCUUAACAAUGGACACACCUUGUUGCCCUGACAACUGGCACAUCUUGUAACCCUGACAAUGGAACCACCUUGUUGCCCUGACAACUGGCACAUCUUGUAACCCUGACAAUGGAACCGCCUUGUUGCUCUGACAAUGGACACAACUUGUUGCCCUGAUGAUGUACACACCUUGUUGCCCUGACAACGGAGUGACAUCGUGUAACAGAGCUGAGCAGCAUUAUUACACAGCUGUGUGUAGAGAACUUCAACACAGAUGGAAGAAGUUUCCCAAAAUAAAACAACAAUGAACGCUAUUCUUGGACAAGUUGUUACGAGUUCUGAUAGUCCCAAUACACAGAGUCACAUGACAUAUGCCCUCACAGACAGGAGGGACAGACAGCCAAUCAGACACUUCAAACUAAUGAUCACAAAACACGCAUGCAAUUUAUUUUAAAUCUCUCUCCCAUUCCUCUCUCUCC